AUGGUCACUGACAAUAGAAAGGCCGAUCGCCUUGUAGGUCUAAGCAUGCUCGUCGCAGCGACUGCCAUCUUCGUCUACUACACCGUGUGGACUCUGUUCAUGCCCUUCGUGGAUGACGACCACAUCCUUCACUCCCUCUUCCUGCCACGCGUCUGGGCCAUCCGCAUCCCCGUCAUCCUCAUCAUCCUUGGUACCACCGUCGUCGGUAGCUUCCUCUCGGUAGUCAUGAUAAGGAGCAACCGGAAGAAGGCGCUCAAGGCCAAGCAGAAGAAGGCCUCAUAG